AUGAUCGAAACGUAUACUGAAGAAAAUGGGAGCAUAGAUAUCUUCCUCGAAUGGGGAAUUGAGCUCUACCAUCUAGUCAUGCAGAUAGAGUUCUCAGCAGUGCGGAAAAAUCUUCGUUACAGCGCCGCUCUGAUCUACUGCACCCAUGACCAACACCAAGCAUUCAACCCAGAGGUUCAGUGGGGAGAGAUUGGCCGGUCGUUGAUGAUGCGAAAAACAUUAUACGAGCCUCUAUCCGCUCUGCAGCCUCGCAAAUCUCAUAAGAAGAUACUCAUCUCAUCAGCAGCAGCCGAAGUGUUAGAUGCAGGGGGCGUGAAUACACCUUUAAAAUACCUGGAGUGGAACUCUUCGGUUGGUGGCAAGUCAUAUCAGAGGAUGUAA